CUAAAAUAAGCUUAGCCGAACAUCCCAAUAUGCCUUUUGGGCGAACUUGUGUGAAAAGUCGGAAAAUGGAACGAGCUCCCAGUUUUGAAUUGAGGGACAAAAGCAAUAGUCCAACUCUGACCAAACUCAAAAUCCCCAAAUGGCAGCUAUAGAUCAGAAAUUCGCAGGAUAAUUCGUCUUCGUCUUCCUCCUUCGGCAAUCAAAAAUGGAUCCGGAGCAGACCUUUAUACGGGUGCAGGAGCGCUUUUCUGAGAUGCUCACCCCCAAAAUCAGAGCUAAGCUGGAAUACUUUUUCCUCUUAUUGGCCAUUACCCUCUUCUGUAUCCUCGUUGUUAUGCACGCCAAUUAUGUUCAGCAGCCUGGUUGUUCCAGUGAGUUCUCUAGUGCCCAAAUGUCUGAUGCCCAGCUUAUUCAGAUUAAGAUCACCAGCGCUGGAUUGUGGUCGCAUAAUGAGCCCAUCAAUGGGGAGAUAGACGCCCAUAAUAAAGAAACUGGCGCUGAAAGUGAAGAACCCACCAAUGCAGAUGGCGAAGGUUCACCCCAUUUGGUCGCAGAUUCGUGGUUGAGCUGGAUAAGCUCUGAUGCAAAGAUAGUUAAAUCUCGACUACAAUUUUGGAAGACUGACAGUGAUGUUUUAGAAUCCCAAAGAGAAAUUUCUAUCAGCAGUGAAAGGUUUAAGCCAGCAUCUGAUGAUGUGAUAAUGAAAGUCAGUAAAGAUGUGCCUCACAGUAGGUUUUUCGUUUCACCAAAAGAAUCUCUUAGGGCGGCUAUAUUUCAUAUUGGUAGAAAGUGGCAUGGCCGUUUGUCUUUCUUUCUGAGAUUAGCAAGGCGAAUUCUUGGAGGUUUAUGGGACAUUGCUGGUAUUAAUUUGAAUUUUGAUAUUCCCAAGUGGCUAAAGAUCUUACAUUUGGAUAGGUUCAAUUCCUAUGCAGUGCAGUGGCUAGAGAAGAGAAGCAAGGCAUUUGAACCAGCUUAUUUGUAUACCAUGGAAAAGGGUUAUUUUUUGUUGCCUGAAGAAGCCAGAUCAAUGCAUGGAAUCCGUACAAUUAAUAUCAGUAUUUCAGCUCGGCAUAAUUGCUUUGGCAACCGGUGGCAGCAGUUGUUGAUAAACAGGGUUGUAGGAUAUGACACUAUUUUGAUGAAUAGUUUAUUGAAUUCACCUGGCCAAGGUUACCUUUAUAAUUACCAAACAAAGGAGUUCUAUAACCUUACCUAUGCUCACGAGCAGCCUGAAAGUUCUGCAAAGUUCGGAGACUAUCUUGUGACCAAGUGCGGCGUAUUAAUGAUGUCACUGUUUGUUUUCUUCACAACCACAAUGUCAGUUUCAUUUACAUUGAGAGAGACGCAAACACGUAUGCUGAAGUUUACAGUCCAGCUCCAGCAUCAUGCUCGACACAGGCUUCCAACCUUUCAACUGAUUUUUGUGCAUGUAAUUGAAUCGCUUGUUUUUGUACCGAUAAUGAUUGGAAUACUAUUUUUUCUAUUUGAGUUUUAUGAUGAUCAGCUUUUGGCUUUUAUGGUCUUGAUUCUUGUCUGGAUUUGUGAACUCUUCACGCUUAUCAGUGUCCGUACACCAAUAUCAAUGAAGUUCUUUCCUCGCUUCUUUUUGCUCUACUUUUUAGUGUUUCACAUAUACUUUUUCUCCUAUACAUAUGGGUUUUCUUAUUUAGCUCUCUCAACUUCUGCAGCGUUUAUGCAACACCUUGUCCUCUAUUUCUGGAAUAGAUUUGAGGUUCCUGCGUUGCAGAGAUUCAUGCAAAAUCGUCGGUCACAUUUUCAGCAGCAUCCAGAUUUUCAUAUCACAUCCUCUACUAUUCUGGCGUCAACAUUACGGAUCACAAGAUUAAACACAAGGAACUCUGGAGCUGUAAACGCAGAUAUGGCAUCUGGACCAGGACCAGGACCAGGACCAGGACCAGUACCAGUACCUGCACCUCGAGGUGGAGGAACACCAAGAAAUGCUGGGGCUGGUCCUGAGGAACAGCCCACUAAUAGGUUAGGCGAUCCUCUGAAUAUUGAUGAGCAACCUGUCCUUCGUCAGCCAGAGGGCGGAGGGAAUCCUGGGGCCAUGAGUUCGUUUAGUUCGCUAUUGUUGUGGAUCCUUGGGGGAGCUUCAUCAGAGAGCCUUAACUCUUUCCUGUCCAUAUUUCGAGACUUCAGAGAUCAAGGUCAGGUUUAUACAGAACCUCCACAGCGAGAAAAUCGUGCAGCACAGAACAAUGAAUGAGGAAUCCCUGGAUAUCUGCUUUGCUCUUUACUUACUAAUACUGCUACAGCCGCAGUUUGUAUGAUACUGUGAAAGAGAGGAUUAACAUUGACAUAUCGAGCCAAAUUCGAUGAGAGGGCAAUGUACCUAAUACAAAUGUUGUUAUACUGUAAUACCAUGUACAUAAGAAGUUACCAAGCUUUCAGAAUUUCAAGUAAAGAAGUCAGCUUCUAUGAGCAAA